AUGUCUGGUAGCUGCUAUUUUCCAGAAGAAAUCAUAGAAGAAAUCCUCCUCAAUUUGCCCAUCGAGUCUUUAAUCAGAUUCACCGCAGUGUGCAAGUCCUGGAAUUUUCUGAUCAAGAGCCCUUCCUUCAUUCACACCCAAUCCAACAAGCAAAAUCCCGCUCACCUACUUCUAUUAUGUCAAAAUCAUUGGCUUACUCGUUUCUCCUUGUAUUGGGAUAACCCUAAUUCUUUCGAUGUAUGUAGAGUGCUCACAGGACCAUCCGCCAUUAACACACCUGAAGUCUCAUAUAAAGUGGAAGGAACCUGUAACGGGGUAGUGUGCCUUGCUGAUUACAUGCAUCAUGCUGCAGUAAUCUGGAACCCUUCAGUUCGAAAGUAUGUGAUAUUGCCUAGUCCUACUCGUACCCCACUGACAUAUGCAAAAUAUGCUUUUGGCUAUGAUUCACAAACCAAUGACUAUAAGGUGUUGAGAAUUCUGGUAGGACGUGGAUUUGUUGGCCAAAAGCCAAUUCCUGUUGAGGCUGAAGUUUGGUCACUUGCGAGGGGUUCCUGGAUGAGUCUGAAUACCGCCCUUAUUCCUCCGGGUUGUGAACCUCAUAAUUGA